GUGGGUGUCGAGGUGGUGGUGCUCGUGGUGGUAGCGGCGGGGUCGGCGGCGGCGGUGGCUCUGAUGAUGGUGGGAAGUGGGUUCAAGUGUAUGUUUAGUGGUCUCUUGGUGCUUUUGUGGGUCGGCUGGGAGUGGUAGGUGAGUUGGUUGGGUCGUUAGUGGGUGAGGCAGUGUUGGGUGGAUCGGUGAUGGUUGGGGCCGUGGUGAGUCAGUGGUAAUGUGUCGGUGUUGGACAUGGGGAUGGUGCUUGUGUCGUUGGGGUUGGUCGGAUGUGCGUGGAUGUAGAUCUUAAUGGGAUGGUUGUUAGUGUGAAUUAAGUUGGUGAGAGGUGUUUGAUGUGAGGUGGUGGGCAGUUGGUAGAGGGUGGGUAGAUAGUUACUGUGUUGAUGGUGGGUGAAUCGUCUUCUGUGGGUAGUUCGGUGUUCAGAGGGUGGUCUGUAGUUGGUUUGUCGGUGGUGGGUGGAUGGUAUUUGUAUUUUCUGAAUGGUUUUUAUAAUACACAGACCUGGAGGCCUCUGUAUUGGUAUUAUAAGAGGCAUGUAUGGUAGUUCUAAAUUGGCUUUAUGUUAGGUUUGGAUGUCAUUAAAUGGUCAUUACAACAGGCAGGCCUGGAGGCCCGUACACAAGUAUGAAAUGCCAAUCACAACAGGGAUAUCAUAGUUGUAAUGUAACUAUAGACGAAUCCUUUCAUUUACCCUAGAUCUAGCUACCGUUGGGAAGCUUAUUCAUCUCUAGGAAAAAUGUCUUCAGUUAUGGCAAUCUACCCCUGUGAACACAGAGCUUCAGCAAGAAGACUUUCAGCAUUACAUUAAAACGAGAGUAACGAAACAAGUUCAGUCUUUGAUUAACUUGAAUUGUCUAUGUAUGGUGGAAAUCUACAGAUUGCAUAUUAAGCAAUCAGCCCCACUGGGAGGUUGCUGGUCCUGCCCUGAGUUGGGAGAAUCGAGUCUACAACCCCCACUGUAUUUCUUAAAGAUCCAUUUUAAUAGCGUGUCUUCCUUUCAGGUAUAUGGAUUCGAAUUUUGUACAUAAUUCUCAUCUAUCCUACAUAUGCUAUAAACUCAACUCAUGUCAUCCCCACUGAUUUUAUCGUCUUAAUAAUAGUCUGUGCAAGUCCAUGAUCAGAAUCUGAGGUGCUAAUUAAAAUGACAUAAACCAAUGAAAUUAUAAACAAAGUCCGUGGAAUAGAGUUCUUUUUUGCUCAGUUAGCUAGUCAAUAAAUUUUCUGUUCAGUAUGGAACAUAGAGGUUCGUUAACGAGUUCACAAGAACCUGCCACCUGUUCCUACGCCAGAUUAAUCGAAUCCACAUCCCGCAAUGCAUUGACCUAUAAUCCAUUUUAAUAUUAUCCUUCCAUCUAAGCCCAGGUCUUCUGAGUGGUCUCUUUCCUUCAGGCUCAUUAACUAAAAUUUUGUAGUGCACAUUUCUCAUCUAUGGAGCUCGUCACAAAAUCAGAAACAACAACCAGAAAAGUUUUGUCACAAAAUACAGACGCUAGCAUAAUUACUUGAUAAGACGUACCUCAGCCUCUUCCUACACUUUAAAAAUGUAUCGCCUUCAAUCGUACUUUCAACCCCACCUUUCCCCUACCUAUUUGCAAUGAUGACAGGUUGGGUCACGUAAAGAGAAGCAGAACCUAUUGUAAGCACAACUAACACGGAGACACCAAUCAAUACGUCCUUGCUGAGGCAAUCCACCUGUUUGUUCCACGACAUUUCUCCCAGUCGAUGGUAAGCGGCCUUACCUGAAGGUUGUGAUGGGGACAGGAAGCAGCCGCAAUCAGGUGACAAUCGAGACAUUGCUUAGACCAGCCCCUGCAGACGAUGAUUCUUCGGAUGUGGUCGUCACGAGGAAGAGACACCCGCCAAUACGACAACCAACCACCGAGAAAACUCUUAAGGAGGCUGGAGCAGAAAUGGGAAAACUCCGCCAGGACUUGCAUGACGUUACUAGUAUCCACAACGACGAUGAACUUGAAGAUAUUCAGGACCUUGAACAGACUUUUGAUUCCCUUGGUAUUCCUUCAAGUUCUAAUUUUAUCAGUGAUCAAGUUGAUCUUAAAAUUCCCGACAAACCUUCACACGAACGUGACCUCUCACUGCUGAAAACAAAAUGGACUGAUUUUGAAGUUGGUGUUCCCGUUUUGCAAAAUUCGCCUGAAAGAGAUAAUUGUACUGAAAACACUGCAACGACCUUUGGGUGGGGCAGUAUUAGAUCCUCUUCCGGUCCCCAGACACGUUUCGAUAUUCCACCGUCAGCAUUACUAAAUAACAACAAUAAUAACACAAAAUCAGCGCCUAUGAAGUUCACAUGGAGCCCGCCAGAACCCAUGAAAUCUCCAGACGAAUGGAUUUAUCAGAAGAGCAUCGUUGAUGGAUUUGAUCCUGAUAAAUUUCGGAGAGCCAAUAAGAAGGAUGCACUGAAUGAGGGAAAAGAAUCAUCUAGUUCAAAGACAGAAGAUAUUGUCAUGUUACAUCCACAUAGUGUUCCAGACUAUGACCUCUCAGAACAACAGAUCUUGGACAGCAUUGAGAAGGAGUUUGUGUCCUGACAAGAAAUAUAAAAUUCCACUACUCCAACUAUCAAAAAGAGUAUACAACCAGUAAAAGACACAAAAAAACUUCCAUCAGAAUUGAAUUUCAACUGACACAUUAUUAACUACAGAACAAUGAUCUACAUUUGUUCUUAGAGGCUGGAAAUUAAACAUUCCAGACUUUCAUGAGAUACUUCUGGGAAAAUUUAUUGAUACAUUAAUCACUAGUCCUUAUGGAUGAUGACUUCCAAAAUAAAUAGUCUUCAAAAAAAUUUCUGCUUUAAACACCCAAUUACAGACCACUUAUAAACUAGAUAAUACUUUUGUAAUACAUAUUUUAACAUUGUGUUGUAAGUGAGAGGUAAACCAGCUGCAUAAUUUUCCUGAAAUUUGGUCCAUAGUGGGUAGCCAUUCCUAACCUUUCAUGUUCACUGGAAAACACAAAUCCCAUUUCAAUUUUCCUACAAUACACAACCUACAGGAAAAGCAUGUUCAUUUAAUUUUGAGACUAUGUAUGUGUAACAAUUUACAGAUUUUCAUAUUCUGGAAAGAAUAAUAAAUAAAGGUUAAAUAAAUUCUAUGAAUAAUGCAUGCUGUGAGUAUUUUGUCACAAAGUGUGUAAACUGACUCACUUCCACAUACCAAACAAUAGUUACAUCUACAUGCAUUGUGAAAAUGCAUGCAGCAAAUACCAUGUAGGAUUUAUAAUUUCCACAGUGGCGAGUCUGAAGAUGGCUGUCUUCUGGGUUAUUGUACCAUGUAGUUUGGUAGAAGUUUACCGAUGUUUCAGAGAUCCUUGCUACCUCCAUCAUCAUCAUUGCCCUGAUGAUGGAGGCAGCAAUGACCUCUGAAACAUCGGUAAACUUUUACCAAACUGCAUGCCACAACAACCCAGAAGACAGCCAUCUUCAACAAAUACCAUGUUAUAGUAUGCAAGAUAAGAUCAAAAUCAGUGACUGACUACUGCACAUUGUCAUCUCAUGCAAAUUCCCUUAUUAUCAUCAUUAUCAUAGUUAUUCAUAAAAUAUUAUUCGGAUGAUUAAAUCAAGGAGGAUGAGAUGGAUGGAGUAGGGGAGAGAUGACAAAUGCAUGUAAAGUUUGGUUGCAAAUGAACAGACCAGGUCUA